CACAGAGAGGUGAUCUGAGAGAUCGAGUAACUUUCGUCAACUACGCCAUUUCUGUGCGUGUUUGUAGAGAAAGUAAUAGAGCUUAGAGAUACUCAUAUUAUACCAUAUAAUAUAACAUGGGUUCACAAGAGCAUUGGAACUUAGAGAAUGGGGGGGACACAAUGGACAUGAUGAGCGGCAAGGAUCAUAAACCAAUAGGCUUGACUGCUCAGAUCAUAUCGUCUUCUUUGUUGAGAACUAAGUCUGAUCCGAUCCUUGUGUCAAAGGUUCGGUUUGGAAUGCUCAGACAAGUCCUCACCAAUCUUCAAGAGGUGAUCCUUGGAACAAAGCUUUUUGUCUUGUUUCCGGCCAUCCCUUUGGCAAUAGUGGCCGAUUAUUGCAAUUUUGGAAAAGCAUGGAUUUUUGCUCUGAGUUUACUAGGGCUCACCCCACUUGCUGAACGAGUUAGCUUUUUAACCGAACAAAUUGCAUAUUUCACCGGUCCAACGGUUGGGGGACUACUUAAUGCAACAUGUGGUAAUGCAACUGAGCUCAUAAUAGCAAUUUUUGCUCUUCGUCAAAACAAAAUUAGUGUGGUGAAGAACUCUCUCCUGGGUUCCAUUCUUUCCAACCUUCUUCUUGUUCUUGGGACCUCUCUACUCUUUGGAGGAUUAGCCAACCUGAACAAGGAACAAAAGUUUGACAGGAAGCAGGCUGACGUGAACUUGCUCCUUCUAUUGCUGGGAUUGCUUUGCCAUGUGCUGCCAUUGGUGUUCGGAUAUGCCGUAAAGCCUGACAGUACCACAGCCGAUUCAGUACUUGAGUUGUCAAGAGCAAGCAGCAUCCUUAUGCUUGUAACAUAUUGCGCAUAUCUCUUCUUUCAAUUAAAGUCCCAUCGGCAAUUGUUUGAAUCAGAAGAGGAAAGUGAAGAUGGUGACAAUGAACUAUCUCAAGAGAAGGCUGUGAUAGGAUUUUGGAGUGCAUUUAUUUGGUUGAUUGGCAUGACCAUCACCAUAGCCAUACUAUCUGAGUACAUCGUGGCUUCAAUAGAGGCUGCAUCAGAUUCUUGGGGCAUUUCUGUAAGCUUCAUCAGCAUUAUUUUGCUACCCAUUGUCGGGAAUGCAGCAGAACAUGCCGGAGCAAUCAUAUUUGCUUUCAAGAACAAGUUGGAUAUCUCUUUGGGUGUUGCUUUAGGAUCCGGAUCUCAAAUAUCCAUGUUUGUGAUUCCUUUCUCUGUGGUAGUUGCAUGGAUAAUGGGCAUCCCUAUGGACUUGAAUUUCAGUCUCCUUGAAACUAGUUGUGUUCUGUUUGCAGUUAUCAUCACAGCCUUCACCUUGCAGGAUGGAACUUCACACUACAUGAAAGGAGUGGUUCUUAGUCUAUCCUACACUGUUAUUGCAGCAUGCUUUUUUGUCCAGAAAUUCCCCCCAAAUCAAACAACUGUCCCCAACUUAGGAGUCCAUUCACCAUCUGGAACUUUGGCCGUUUAAUCGGCUUCAACCUUGAAGAUCUGGGCUAUGUUGGUGCAUCAUCAACAAGUUCCACAAAUAAUUUAUUUGUUGAUUCAAUGGAUUUUCCAUUUUCAAAGCACUGGGAAUAUUUGGGCCUUCUGGUGACAGAAAGCUCAAACGAUUUGGUGGCUUUGAAGAGAAUAGAUAAUGUUCGGUGCAUAGUUCUUGUAUUUUCCUUAAUAAGAAUUUGUUUCUCAGUUUUGAAAAAAGUGGUGGCAAAGGGCAUCUGGAGUUCUGGACACUGUCAGUUGAUGCAGAGAAGAAUGCCAUUAAAUCAUUUGCUGUUGCAAUAAUAAUCAUGAAUAAAACCUCGUACAUUUUCAUUGAUCAAAA